UGUGUUGGGACACAAUCAGCUUCACAUCUGACAGGAGCGAAGCUGUUUACUCCUCCGCUCCGGUGAUCUCACCGAGCUGAACACGGUGGGUUCCCCGGUGAAGUGUCCUCCAGUUGCCCGGGAAAGGAACAGCUUGGUCGGCUAGCUCACGUUAGCCAGCCCGUUACCAGUAGAUUUACGGCGGCUUAUGUCCGGCGGCUGCCCUGCCAGGUAGAUCAACUAAAGCCGGAGGGUCAGCCACCAUGGUUCAGCCACAGCACCAGACACCGAGUGGUGACGUUUGAGAGGAUUUCAUUUAGAUCAUUGGGGAACAACAAACGCGACCUUUUGUCUGCGUGUGCGCAGCCAGGCUGCUUUGGCCUGUUUUCAUUGUCUGCGAACAUCGAGAACACACAAGUUGUUAUUGUUGUUGUUUGGCCGGUUAGUGGUUCACUUAAGGCCGCGUUAGUGUAAACAACCCCCGUCAGCUGUCCACCCCUCCACCGUCCUGACAGCCAGCAGGUCCAGGAUGGCGCAACACAACUCCACUCAUGUGGCCAGCUCUCAGAAAGCACUCAUGCUGGAGAUGAAGAGUCUCCAGGAGGAACCCGUCGAGGGCUUCAAGAUCACACUGGUGGACGAGGCGGAUCUCUACAUCUGGGAAGUGGCCAUCUUCGGACCCCCAAACACUCACUAUGAAGGGGGCUACUUCAAGUCUCGGGUCAAGUUCCCGAUGGACUACCCGUACUCCCCACCCGCCUUCCGAUUCCUCACCAAGAUGUGGCACCCCAACAUUUAUGAGAAUGGAGACGUGUGUAUUUCUAUAUUGCACCCUCCAGUGGACGACCCGCAGAGUGGAGAGCUUCCUUCAGAGAGAUGGAAUCCUACCCAGAAUGUCCGGACCAUUUUACUGAGUGUGAUCUCGCUGCUGAAUGAACCCAACACCUUCUCCCCUGCUAACGUGGACGCUUCCGUCAUGUACCGUAAAUGGAGGGAGAGCAAGGGCAAGGACCGUGAAUACGUAGAAAUCAUCAGGAAACAGGUUUUGGCCACUAAACCAGAAGCAGAGCGCGACGGCGUGAAAGUCCCAACCACACUCGCAGAGUACUGCAUCCGCACACGCGUCCCGGCCUCUGAUGAAGGCUCCGACCUCUUCUAUGACUAUUACUAUGACGACGACGAUGUGGAGGACGAGGACGGUGACUGCUGCUACGAUGAGGACGACUCAGGCAACGAGGAGUCAUGACAAGCUUUAUGACAGCAACGCAGUCUAGCUGGCAUAUGCUACCCCCUUUUUUUCUGCCCGGGUUGCCAGAUAUUCGAGGCCUAAAACCAAGAAAGAUUUGAAGCUUCCCACUCCUCAACUAAUGAAAUUAGCUGUUUUUACCUAAACCUCUCAGGAGGAUUAAAUCGAUGCGUCGUUGUGGAAGGGUCAGACCUGGUUAAGAUUUCCACCAGCACAAUAGUCACCAAUUUCGCCAGUUUCGCAAUUUUCAUCACCACCUCAAACCUUAUUUUGAGAGAAUAACUUCAACUAUCGCUUUAUCCCAAUAGUUGUCCAGUCCACUGUACAGUUUAAGGUGUUGUUGGAUCCACAUCAGCAACAUUUGCUCUGGUGCAAACACUUCCAAACGUUUCUCAGCCUCUCUCCUGCAUAUCUUUAUUUCCUUAAUUGUAAUUGUGCAGCGCUGCCCAGUAGUUGGUCUAUGUGACUGACGAAUGAAGAGGACUUACAGGAGCCUGACUGUGUUGAGCAGUUUACUGCAAACACAUUGAAUCAGACAUUUCCGAGUUUCACAGUCUCCUCUCGCUGCGACAGGACAGGAUAUGAUUUGACACGGGGCCGUGUUUUCAAAGUUCCUGUGCAUGCCUGAACACUUUCGGAAGCGUUGUGUGUCUUUGAAUGAAUUGAAUUGAAUGAACUUGUAAUAAUGGAGGACGGUGACGGUGGCUCAAAGUCCUCAUGAACAUUUUUUUUUUGCUAACGUUUAUCUUUGCCGUGUUUCUUCUGGUUACUGUUGGAUGUGUUUCUCUGUCAUUUUGAGUGGGGGUUCUGUUAUUUGAAGUAGCUCAGAUGUUAGAGUUGUGUAGGAUGACCAUGUUUGUCAGGGUGGGGGGUGGUGGUGGUGUUGGACAGAAAUAAUUAAUGAUCCGAGCUGUAUUUCUCCUCAGGUUUGCGGCCUUAAAGAGCCAACAACCCGAAACCAGUGUAAAAGAAAGCCCAAAAUAUUUCAUGACGGUUUGUUGUAUUCUUGUCUUCUUUUUGUUCUCUCGAAAGCUUUGUUAUUUUACUCUCUUUCUUUGGAUAGACAUUAUGCCUGCAGUCGCUGCUUGAGAAUGUUUUUUUUUUGUGAUCAGAUUUUUAGCUAUAAUUGGCAAAAAAAAAAGCUUCUGUAGGGAAAAGUGUCUUUCACAAGGUUGUUGUUGCAGUGUCAGUCAAGAUUAUCACCGUUUUUAGCCCUGGACAUGAAGAAGAGGAAGGACAUCAUGUUUUAUUUUCAUUUCAGUUCUUUGUGUUGGCCAGAGAGUGGACAGGUUCUGGCAUAAUAUACGUUUAAAGUGUAUGGGUGUCCUCUGUGCAUUUUUGCGCAUUGAUCUUGAUUGUUUGCUUAAAUCUGGACUUCAUACUGAAUUUCUCAGGAUAAUGAAUUACAUUAUGACGAAUUCAAUUCACUUCAAACAAGCAGAUAUUUGUCCUUUUUAGGUUUUCUUCAUGAUUUACAGCUUCAAACGGAGCCAUAACUGAUAUGCACAUUAUCAUGUUGUUUUCCUCACCUGCGUUUAUUUUGUAUUUUCUGUUAUUCAAAACUGAAAAAUAAAAAUGUAUUGG